AGAGAACCGCGAGUUGCGAAUACCCAAAACCCUAACACUAAACCCUCGAACCCUUUUCUCUCUACUCAACUCUCAAAUGGCUAUGUACACCGUUCUACGCCGCGCCACCGCUGCCGUUGUACCACUAGCUGCCCGCCGCGCAGUAGCGACUUCAUCUUCCAGAACCUUCCACAGCGCACUCUCUGUUAAGCUCCUUCUCAACAAAGAAAUUAAUCCUUUUGUACCCUCUCGGAGUUUCUCUAACGCCGUCGCAAACAAGCCUGUUGCAGAUGAUAAUCUUGUUCAAGUCCUUCAAAAUGAAAUCGAGUGUGCCAUCGAGGAUGAUCAAUCUGCUCAAGUUGAAAUUCCUCACGGGUUUCCUUUUGAGAUUGAGGACAACCCUGGAGAAAGAACUAUUCAACUAAAGAGACAAUAUGAGGAUGAAACUAUCACAGUUCAAGUUGAAAUCCCUACUGUAGGACCUGGAAAUGAGGAUGAUGAUGCGGAUGACAACGAGAAGAAUGAUAGUGAAUCUAGCAUUCCUUUGGUUGUUAAUGUUUUCAAAGGAAAUGGAGUGUGUCUGGAGUUUGGUGUAACUGCUUUCUCUGAUGAGGUUUCAAUUGAUAGUUUGUCAAUAAAGAAGCCCGACGAGUCUGAAGACGAGCUGGUAUAUGAGGGACCUGAGUUCACUGAUUUGGAUGAAAAUCUGCAGAAGGCUUUUCUCAAGUAUCUCGAGGUCCGGGGGAUAACAGCCAGCACAACCAACUUUUUGCAGGAAUACAUGUUUAACAAAGACAACAAGGAAUACUUGGUGUGGCUGGAGAAUCUGAAGAGCUUCGUUGAGAAAUGAAUUUAAAAGAAAAUGCUAGAGAUUAUGAUAUAUGAAAUUCUAGAUGUUCUGUGCUGUAUCAUUUAUAUGCGAGUUACUCGAUUAAGCUAAUAAUCUUGAAAAAAACUUGGAUUAUUUUAGAUUGAUAUUUAUGGUUUUACUUCGCCCUACAAUUAAUUCAAUAGUCUCUGUGGGUUGUUCUCGUCUCA